GAUGCUGUAUCGAGUAACGGGAUUCGUUCAAUUGAACUUCAUUUAAAUGAGGAUUCCGAUAAUGUUGAUUAUCUAAUGGAAAUAUGUGUUCUUUUUGUGGAAUAAAAAAUUUGCUGGAAAGACCGGGUCAUUCGAAAGAAUAUAUGAAAUGAUUUUCGAGUUAGGUCACGUACUCGGUUUCCGAAUUAUUUUAUCAAUGAUCACGUAUCGAUGACGUACGGAAAUUCUCCGUUCUUCGGCAAGUGGUCUUCAUUCUGAUUGUCAAUUAUGUUUCGACGGAUAUACCGCAUAACGAUAGCGACAGUGUUUCUCAUUAAACAUGUGAUUUUGUGUAUGCGAUGUCAUUCUCUCGCUGAUGAGAAGCAUAAUGUAUAGAUAUGACCGUACUCUUUUUGGCAUUCGGAUUCGCCGAGGAAGUCUCUGUAGAUUCAAAAAUAAAUGACAUCAACGCCUGGAGUUCGUCCAAUUGCGGUGAGAACCAAUUCACGUGUCGAAAUAGGGAGUGCAUCGCGAGCGAAUUGUUGUGCGAUGGAAGAGCCGAUUGCUCGGAUCAGAGCGACGAAACUCAAUUCGAAUGUACAAAGCCAGAGUUGACUUGUCCCGAUUACGUAUUUCGUUGCAAUUAUGGGGCUUGUGUGAACGGAGAUGCAGCUUGCAACGGGAUCAAAGAUUGCCUGGACAACAGCGACGAAGCCCUCGCAAGAUGUCCAGGUAUCUCCGCCGCCGCUAAUCUCGAGUUUACCACUUGUGGUCCCGACGACACCCGGUGCAAAAAUGGGCAGUGUAUAAACGCAACAUCUCUAUGCGAUGGCGUGAUUAACUGCGCGGAUGGAUCAGACGAAACAUUCGACAGUUGUGGAUCCAUUUCGUGCCCACCAUUCGUAUUCCGGUGUAAUUACGGUGCCUGUAUCGAUCAAAAAUUGGUGUGCGAUGGGUUCAGUAAUUGUGCCGAUGGUUCCGACGAAGAUUUAUUCCUUUGCGGUCGUCCAGCACCGGAUCCUAUCGCACCCACUCCAACCGCGACGCCUCCACCACGGAUACCAGAUCUUCCGAAUCCAAAAGCUCCACGCUGCUUGGUACCACCGCAACCGACCAACGGCCAAUGGAAGCUACAUCGUGAACUCUGCUCGAACGGUGUUGAAUGCGAUAUUGCUCAGGGUGUUGAACUCGAACCCGGAAGUCAACUUGUCUACACAUGUUCCGAGGGGUACAAAAUCAGAGGAACCACCAACGUUUACUGCGGAGUCACGGGUUACUGGUCACCCAUUCCCAUCUGCGUAGAGGUAAAAUGCCCUGGUCUGAACUCCGCGUCGACGACAUCCGACUGUAGACUAUUUGGGGAGUACGUGAGCUGCGAUUCUCCAGUGCUUCCAAAAACGAGAGCGCAAGUUUCUUGCCGGGUCGGGUACAGCAAAGAUACGACAUUGAUGGCGACUCACAGGGAGAUCGUGGAGUGCAAUGCAACCGGAAACUGGGAACCAGAUCCCAUCAAAUGCAUACCAGUUUGCGGAGUAUCGAGAACCCAUCAAACACCUUUGGUUGCGAAUGGAAUGUUGGCUAAGCUUGGGGACUUCCCCUGGCAUGCGACUCUUUACAUGGAAAACGAAUCGACAAAAGUGUUCAAAUGCGGUGCUACCGUAAUUCAAACUAAACUUAUAUUGACCGCUGCCCAUUGCGUCUACAACGAGAAUACCAGGAGUACGGAGGACCCCGAAAAACUUUUCGUAAUUACAGGAAACGUUUUCCGUGAUUACGAUUCCCCGUUGCAUGAUCCGCAGGUCGUCAGGAAGGGCGAGGUGAAAAAUGUCUACACCAAUUGCAACUACUACGGGUUCACUGGCAACUACGCAUCGGAUAUUGCACUACUGGAAUUGAAACAGCCUUUUGAAUUCUCCAGUUUCCUCCUCCCCGCCUGUCUAGAUGUUUCGGGUAUGAGUGAGCAAGUCCUUGAACCUGGUGCUUUUGGAAAAGUAGCAGGUUUUGGGAGUACAGUUACAGGCUCAUCUAGCGCGAUUUUGCAGACAUUGAAUCUGCCGUAUAUCUCAUACAGCGAGUGUAGGAGUUCAAAUUUAGCAAACGGAAACGAAAUUUUUAUAAGUAACGACAAAUUUUGCGCUGGUUUCAAUAAUGGAUCGGCCGUCUGCCCCGGUGACAGCGGAGGAGGGCUGGUUUUCAAGAAAGGAGAUCAGUGGUAUGUGAUGGGGAUAGUCAGCUUGGCACUUGGUACCGACGCCAACUCGGGCGAGAGAAUAUGCGACAGAUUUUCGUUUUCGCUGUACACAAAAGUAUCCACUUAUAUGUCGUGGAUUCAGGAUGUCAUGUUUCAAUUAGAACAAUACCAGUAUUAUCCAUCCUGCGACACUACUAUGUCGUCAGUCAGGCACCUUUCUAAUUAGUGAUAGUUUUCAUUUUACCGACAUCUUAUUGUUGAUACCAGCUUUACAUACCAUAAUCUCCGAUUCAUUGCAGAAGUCAUGCAUAUACGCAAUGAUUGGGAGGCAAGGUUUUAUAGCAUGUAAGCCGGAUAUGUUUUGCAGAGCCGAUUACAAAUGCAAUGUAUGAAGGAAAAGAGCGGAAGUUAUGGGUCGUUUGAUUUUCGUUUGUAAUGGAUACAAACAAAAAUUAGAAAAAAAAAUUAUAGAAAUGUGUAUAUGUAUAUACUCGAAGACAAAACUUUCAAUAACAACUAGCUGUCAAACAUAUAGCCAUAAAAUAGAUUGUGAACGACGUAACAAUUUUACAAUAAUGAUGAAUAAACGAAGAAAAAAGUUUCAACAAAUAAAAUUAAAUACAAUUGA